AUGGUGAAGAUCACCAACACUGGGCACUUCCCUGCAUCUUUCCGUGUCGAUGGAUAUGUCCUGUAUAACACAGGCUUCAGCGUGUGCCUGGAGUGUGUGAAGCGCCUGCCCUCCUGUGAGAGCAAGACAUUUGAAGUGUGCUUCGACCCACAAAGUGCCAACCUGCCCCUGGGAAAAGUGGAUGUGCUCCUGCCCAUCAAGGUCAGGGGAGGCCCCACAUUCCAGGUCCGCCUCCGUGCCAUGGUGGCUGAGCCAUCCCUCUGCGUGUCCAGGGACAGGCUGGAGUUCUCUGCUGUCCAGUGUGGGCAGUGCCAGGAAGAAACCAUCCAGCUCCACAACACGUUCCAGGUCCCCUGUAAAUGGUCCAUCAGCAUGACUGAUCCUGUUGAGGAGGUGGACAAACAUCUGCCAGGGAGCGAGCACCAGAAGCUGCUGGAGGAGAUGAAGUCUGUGCCCUGUGGCUUUGAGGUGCUGCCCUCAGCUGGAAGCCUCGCUCCAGGACAGCAGUGCCACGUCCAAGUCCGUUUUUCACCCACGGAAGAGAAGUGCUACCGGGGCGAGCUGCAGAUCCAGAUUUGCCAGAGCAGCCAACGCCUGCAGGUGCCGGUCUUGGGACGUGGUCUGGAGCCACGGCUGGAGUCCAUCCCCGCAGAGCUGGACCCCAACAGCUUGUUGCUGCCUCCGUGUGCCCCGGGAGAGAAGCUGACUGAUGAGGCCCAAGGAAGGGGCAUAAAAAUGAAGGUUGACAUUGUGGAUCCACCAGGAAAGGUGGUGAAGCUGGGAAACGUCUUCAUUGGACAGACGGUGAAGAAGAUGGUCACCGUAGCCAACAAGAGUGCAGCCCCUCUCACCUUUAAGCUGAGGGUCACGUCCACCGUGCCAGAGUUGCAGGAAGCUGGGGUUCUGUGCUUGAAGCCCAGCAAGGAUCUAAAGCUGAAGGGCAGAGGAGACACCUGCAAAGUGGAGGUGACCUUCUCCCCGAAGCGCCGCAUGCAGCCGUUCAGCGGGGAAGUGCUGCUGGAGUGCCGCGGGCUGGUGCGCUCCCUCUGUGUGGUGCGGGGCUCCUGCCAGGGCAGCCUCGUGAGCCUGGACCAGGACCAGCUCAGCUUUGGAGCCGUGGUGCAGCAGAGCUACACGUGCCGGCGCAUCGUCAUGCGGAACGCGGGCGACACGAGGGUCAGGUAA